UUGCAAAACAAGCAGAGAAUAGAGAUAGAGAUAAUAUCACAAGAAUGGAAGAAACUAUCACCAAAGAAUCAAAAUGGAAGAAAGAAGAAGAAGAGGCGAAGAUCCAAAUAUACAAGUAUGUAUUUGGUUUUGCAGAAGCAGCAGCAAUAAAAUGUGCCAUAGAGCUUAAAAUCGCAGAUGCCAUCGAAAGCCAUGGAAGACCGAUGACAUUAUCUCAACUAUCCACAGCUUUAAACUGCUCCCCACCACUUCUAUUUCGCAUCAUGAGAUUCCUCGUCCAUCGCCGAAUUUUCAAAGAAGAAACCACAGCUGAAAAUGUCAUAGGCUAUUCUCAAACACCAUUGUCUCAUCUGCUCAUCACUGUGGCUCCGUUGCUUGUGCUUGAGAAUAGCCCAACAAUUGUUGAAUCAUGGCAUAAUCUUAGUGCAAGGCUUAAGAACAAUGACAGUACUAGUGAUUUAUUAGCACCAUUUGAAGUAGCUCAUGGGAAGGGUAUCUGGAGCUAUGCUGCAACAAAUCCAGAAUUCAAUAGAAUGUUUAAUGAGGGUUUGGGUUGUAAUGCUAGAGUUAUUACUUUGCCUACCAUACUUGAAAGUUGUGGAGAUAUAUUUAAUGGAAUUGGAAGUUUGGUGGAUGUGGGAGGAGGAAAUGGGACUACUUUGAGUAUUUUGGUUAAGGCUUUUCCAUGGAUGAAAGGUAUUAACUUUGAUCUUCCAAAUGUUGUGUCAACUUCAGAAGAGUAUAAUGGUGUGGAACAUGUUGCUGGGAAUAUGCUUCAUUUUGUUCCAAAUGCUGAUGCUGCUUUCUUCAUGUGGAUUUUACAUGCUUGGGAUGAUGAAGAUUGCAUCAAAAUUUUGAAGAAUUGCAAGGAAGCUAUUCCAGAAGAUAGAGGGAAGGUGAUAAUCAUAGAUUCAGUGAUCGAUGAAAAAGAAGAAAAUAAGAUGCUUUCAGAUAUAAGGUUAACUUUGGAUAUAAUGAUGAUGACUCGUUCACGGAAGGGAAGAGAAAGAACUCAUGACGAGUGGACACACCUUCUAAUUAACAAGGCGGGUUUUAGUAGAUGCAUCAUUACACCCAUUCCUCAUGCUGUUCCAUCAAUCAUUCAAGCUUUUAUGUCAUAAAUAACAAUUAUAUUGUUCGAAUUUUUAAGAAUAAGUUGAAAAGGUUCUAUCCAUAAUUUUAAUUA